AUGAAAUUCUUCGGUUCAUUUGUUAUGUUUUUGCUUUUCUUGAACGGUUUUGCAACCGCACAAACUUUGAUUCAAGAUUCUUGCAAGAAAAUUGCAGCAAAAGAUCCCCAAAUCAAAUACAAUUUCUGUGUCCAGUCUCUUACAUCAGAUCCGCAGAGCAAAGCUGCAACUACCGUAGAAGGAUUGCUCCUAGCAUCAACAAAAAACGCUGCGUCCAAAAUGAUUAACGUGAAAGGCAUCGUGGUAAAUAUUCUCAAGAACAAGCAAGCUUCAAAAGGUAUUGAAGGACCGUUGAAAGAUUGUGUCGAGCUUUAUACUGAUGCUAUUGGUUCUUUAAACGAUGCUUUAGCAAGCGCUAAAUCAGGUGAUUACAGUAGCGCUAAUGUGAAUCUGAGUGCUGCUUUGGAUGCUCCGAAUACUUGUGAAACUGGAUUCAAAGAGGGGAAGCACCUUAAGUCUCCGGUUACAAAUGAGAAUAAUAUUUUGUUUCAAAAGAUCGUGAUUCCUUUGGCUUUCUCAAAUAUUGUUUGA